UAAAUAACACUAACUAAUAGAACUAUUCAAAUUGAAACUUUGGACUCACUUUUACUCAUUAUGGUCAAAUGUUGUCCACCAACAUGGUAUCGAGAAUAGAUUAAGAUUCUGGUUUAUCCUAGCUAGAAUGCGGAAUCAGAUUUCUCCCACUUCCAUAUGUUUCUUGGGGGAACCUUGCACGCAGUGAGUUGUAGAAUUGAAUAGAAUCAUCCACUGUAGCCAUGGAUAACAGUAGUGAUGUUCCAGCACGUGUUCAGGGAAAAUAUCUUGCAAUAUUUGUCUGCUGGCUUCUUGGCAAUGGAUGUCUUUUUUCAUGGAACAGCAUGCUGACAAUUGAAGAUUACUACGUUUACUUGUUUCCGAAAUACCAUCCUCCUAGGGUGCUUACUCUUGUGUAUCAACCAUUUGCAGUUGGAACACUUGCAAUACUGGCUUAUAAUGAGGCCAAAAUCAACACAAGAAUCCGGAACCUAUUUGGAUACACACUCUUUUUCAUAAGCACUUUAUUGGUCUUAAUUUUGGAUUUAGCAACAUCUGGUAAAGGAGGUCUUGGAACUUACAUUGGUAUAUGCGCAAUUAGCGGCGCUUUUGGGGUUGCGGAUGCUCAUGUUCAAGGUGGAAUGGUGGGAGAUUUGUCUUACAUGAGACAAGAUUUCAUUCAGUCUUUCCUUGCUGGUUUGGCAGCAUCUGGGGCAUUAACCUCUGCUUUGAGGCUAAUCACAAAAGCAGCAUUUGAGAAUUCUAAGGAUGGUCUUCGGAAAGGAGCAAUUCUAUUCUUUGCCAUAUCAACAUUCUUUGAGCUUGUUUGUGUUCUUCUCUAUGCCUUUGUUUUCCCCAAAAUACCAAUUGUGAAGUACUACCGUUCAAAAGCAGCAUCUGAAGGAUCCAAAACUGUUUCAGCUGACCUUGCAGCUGGUGGCAUAGAAACAUUAUCUGAAGAAGUUGAGGGAUAUGAAAAACAACCAGAGAGGAAGGGAAUCCAGCAAUUGUUACUAGAAAACAUGGAUUAUGCACUUGACAUGUUCCUAAUAUAUACUCUCACACUAUCUAUCUUCCCUGGGUUCCUAUCAGAAGAUACUGGAUCACACAGCCUAGGCACAUGGUAUGCUCUUGUUUUGAUUGCAAUGUACAAUGUGUGUGAUCUGAUUGGAAGAUACAUUCCACUAGUGAAGAAGUUGAAGUUGGAGUCCAGGAAGUUGAUAACAAUAAUGAUUCUUUGUCGGUUCCUACUUGUUCCAGCAUUUUAUUUCACUGCAAAGUAUGGUGACCAAGGUUGGAUGAUAUUCUUGACAUCCUUCUUGGGCUUGUCCAAUGGUUACCUUACUGUAUGUGUUCUUACAUCUGCACCAAAAGGUUACAAGGGUCCUGAACAAAAUGCAUUGGGGAACUUGUUGGUGUUGUUUCUCCUUGGAGGCAUUUUUGCUGGGGUGACACUUGACUGGCUGUGGUUAAUAGGAAAAGACUGGUGAAAAUCAAUGCAAAAUAAAGUCAUGUGAAUUUUUCUGAUGAAAGGAUUAGUUUCGCCUAUUCUUUCUACUGGAAACAAGUGUUUAUAGUUUUAUUUAUUGCAUGUUCUUUUGCUAAGCUACAAAUUUGUUAUCUUUUCAAAGGUAAUACCAAAACCUUUCUCAAAGGGGGUGUGGAAUGUGGAUUAUUGUGGUGUAAGGCUAAACCGCAUUCAACCUUUUGGGUCAUGCCCAAUUGUGAAUUAUCAUCAAUUUGGGUUUAUUAGUCUACUUGGGUCUAAGGCUAAUGAAAGAUGGACAGCUUGACAAGCAAUGGAAUUAAUUUGAGCCCACAUCAACAAACGCUUUGUGAAAUUUUAUUUUAACUGCGAUUCCGUUUAUAUAUACUAGCGGCUCAACAGGCUUUUUUAUUAUUUUUAAGAAAUUAAUUUUAUUUUUUUGUUAAUAUAUUAUUUUCUCUUUAAAUUUAUUAAAUAUGUAUUUUUUUUAUUUUAA